CCUAUUCUCCAGCUUCUUGUUCAAAUUUCCCCGUUCCCCCUUAAAUGGCUGCACCCGUUCCACCUUAGAUGACUGCACCGUUUAAUAACCGUCGAACAAGAAGCUGAAGAAUAGGAAGCCACCCUCGGGCCAGUUGAUAUGAGAAGCCCUGGACUUCAUUCAGCGAAGUAGAGCAGUCUGAGCGCAGGGACUGUGAGACAGACAGACGCGCACGCACAAAUAUACGGCUGGCCCUCUUCACUUCGGCAUGGGACCAUGGAUCUGAAGUCCGAGUUGCUUAAGUCCAUCUGGUACGCGUUCACGUCGCUGGACGUCGAGCACAGCGGGAAGGUGUCGAAGUCUCAGCUGAAGGUGCUCUCCCACAAUCUGUACACAGCUCUGAACAUCCCCCAUGAUCCUGUGGCCUUGGAAGAGCACUUCCAGGACAAUGACAAUGGGCCGGUGUCCAGCAACGGCUAUAUGCCUUACCUCAACCAGUACAUUCUGGCAAAGGCCACCGAGGGUACAUUCAACAAGGAGACAUUUGAUGACCUGUGCUGGAUGAUGACCGCUAAGAAGAAUUUGAAGCCUACUGUUUCACAGGGGUUGUGUUCACAAAGAGACUGCUUUAAACUCUUCUGUCUGUUUAAUCUGCUGUCUGAGGACCGUUACCCACUUGUCAUCAUCCAGCCUGAGCUGGAGUACCUCUUGAAGAAAAUCUCCACUGCAAUGGGCCAGGAGUGGGAUGGUAAGCUGCUGGAGCUCCUGCUGGCCCAGGAGCCCUCUCUGCAGGAUGGUCUAUCUGUAUGGGUGUUCCUGGAACAGAUGAGUGCAGGACACCUCAUGCCAGUGGACAGUAAAGAGGCCUUUAGCCUGGCCCUAGAUGAAGUCUUCAUGGAGAUGUACCACAAUGUAUUGAAAAAGGGUUACAUGCAGAAAAAGGGGCAUGUACGUAGGAACUGGCAGGAGCGCUGGUUUGUUUUGAAGCCUGGCAUCCUGGUCUACUAUGUCAGUGAGGAUCAGAAAGAGAAGAAAGGCGAGGUGCAGCUAGAUGGAAGCUGUGUGGUGGAGACCAUCCCUGAUAAGGAAGGGAGGCGCUGUUUGUUCUGUGUGAGGACUCCUGGCAGGACUUACGAGAUGAGUGCUUCAGACCAGAAACUGAGACACGAGUGGAUUCAAGCUGUGCAGACAGCAAUCCGACUGAAGGCAGAAGGGAAAAGCUCACUGCACCAUGAGCUGAAGUUGCGCAGGCGAGAGACGCGGGAGCACAGCCAAAGCAUCAGCCAGAUCGGCCCGAGCAGACAGAAUAGCCAGAACAGCAGCCAGAGUGUCCAGAGCAGACCGAGCAGCCAGAGUGAGCCCCCUGCUGAGGUGCAGCAGCCUAGCUCUGAGUUGCACCAUGGGGAGCAAGAGAGCAAGGAGCCAGACAUAGAGAUCAUAGACAUCAUCCAACAACAUCUAGAAAAGGAGGCACAGCGCAAAGAGGAGGAGGCGCAGGAAAAAGAGAAGCAUAAACAGAAACAGCAAGAGCUGGAGAGACAGCUUGAGGAGGCUAACACAGCCAGGGAGAGCAUGGUGGCUGAGCUAGCUAAAAUGGAAAAGGAGGUACAACAGCAGAAGAAGAGGAUCCAGGAGCUGGAGCUCACUCAGCAGAAACUUGAAGAGGCCCUCAACUUGCAGAUUCAGGCCCGAUUGGAAGAGGAGAAAGUUCGACAUGAGCUCGAGAGGCAGCUGGAGGAGGAGCAGAAAAAGCUCACCGAGUUGCUGCUCCUUCAGAAACAACUGGAGACACCUGCUCCUGCAGAGAAGAACCCGAAGGAGGUGCUGGAAUCAUUAAAGGACGAGGAGCACAUCCCCCUGCCUGCCUCCUCAUUUUCAUCUUCCUCCUCUUCCUCUGUGCCUACUCAAUCCUGUAAACCCCAGCCAGCUUCUCACCCAGCCCCUCCACCAACAGGAAUAGCAGAGACCCACCAUUACAACUUGGAGAAAAUAUCAGACAGCCAUUCUAAUGCUCAGUAUAUGAGACAGUGGAAUAUCCAACUGAACCGCCUCUUGAAGCCUAUCACACCUGCUGAUAAGAUUGAGCGUAUGCCAGUGAAGACCAACUGCCCCAAACAAAGCCAGGCACUCACCAGCACAGAGUUCAUAAACAAAUUUCAAACAACCAUUGCUCAGGAAACAGAGUUCUCCAACAGCCAGUCACCAUACAAAAGCGAGGAGGGAGGCCCCCAUGAGCCAACCACUUUCUCUGAGGAGGAGGAACCACACUGAGGACAAGUUGAAGAGAUCACAAUAAUACAAUAAAAUAUAAUAUAAUAAAAUCAUCAACAAAACCAUAAUGACUAAAAGAUGCCCAAGUUACAGUGCUGUGACAAAGUAUUUACCCCUUCCCAAUUUCUUUUAUCUUUGCAAAUUUGUCACACUUGAAUGUUUCAGAUUUUUUUUUUUUCAGAUCAGACUUGCCUCAGUUAAGAUCAAUGUGCACAAUUCCACAAUAAGACACAGGGCAAAAAUGGCAUCUGUGGGUGAGUUGCAAGGGGCAAAGCACUGCUGACCAAAAACGCAAAGGCUCAUCGCACAUUUGCCAAAAACAUCUAGAUGCCUUUUGGCAGGACAUUCUAUGAACCGAUAAGUCAAAUGUAGAACUUUAGGAAAACAGGUCCUGGUGUAAUGUGGUGUAAAGCUAGUACUGCAGUCCACCUUCAAAAUUCCCAAAUUACUCCACAGCAAUGUAAAAGACUCAUCACAAGUGAUCACAAAGUUACUACUGCCAAGAGUGUCACAACCACUUAUUAGGACUAGGGGGGCAAUGACUUUUUCGCAUGGAUGAUAAAGGUUUUGAAUAAAUCCUUAUCUACAAUGAAUGGAAUGACCAUUUAAAAACUGCAUUUUGAGUUUACUUGACUUGUCUUCAUCUUAUAUCAAAAUUAGUCCAAUGAUCUGCAACUUUUAAUUGUGACAUAUCAAAAACAGAUGAAAUUGAACAGGGGCAAAUACUUUAUCACAACACUGUAUGAAAUCGUAGUGAUUUUUUCUGCUCUUUGUUGCAAGCUUGCCAUGUCCUACAAAAUAAUGGAAUAAGCUAAUAAUGAAAGGUAUAAAUUACCACCUUACUGCACUUAUCCAGCAUUUAAUAUGGCCAGAUCCAUUAUUUUGCUAUUGUUCAAAAAUGUCACACACACUGCGUAUUUCUUGUUUCAGUAUUUGCUAGCUACACCAGCUAUUGUUUCCCUCUAUAGCUCUACAGGACAAAAUGAUACAGCCAUCUCCAUCAGACUGUGAAUUCUAUAUGGGGCCAAUCUUCAAAGGGCUGAGACCCUUUCUCUUUAAAAAAAAAAACAGGCUUGCUCCAUUGCUCUGGUAUUGGUUAGUAGUGCCUGUUGAUUGUGAUUCUCUGAAUGUCCAGUAGAUGGGACACUUGUUCUGGGAUUUGCUGUGAUGUGACCUGAAAAUACCUCUUAGUGUAAGUGUUCUCUGUUGCACAUUUAAAGCCUUUGUGCUUUUUGCAAUCUUUUUUUUUUUCUCGUCUGGCUUUACACUUGAGUUAAAGGGGAAAUAUGCCACAUUUUCUAAAUUCCUGCAUGAUUAAUUGGUUAAGAUGUAAGCAAAGUCAUUCAGAGUGGUUUGAUAUGAAAUGCUCCAUUUCAGAUAAACUUACAGAGUCAAAAUUGUUCACAGUGGUGUUGAUAGGAACCAGACAUCCUAAACGUUUAAAAAGCUCCCUCAUGUGAAGUUAUUACCUUAAAUAGUUAUAGAUGUGCAGCCUGGUAUCUGAGACAUUGUUUUCCAGUUGCUCUGAGCUUAAAUAUGUGUUUAAAAUUUAUUCAUGAUGGAGGCGUUUUGAGGCAAAAUAAUCUCCAAAGUAACUUACUUUCUCAAAUUUGCCACUGUUUAUCUUCACUCGAUCGUUGUAUAAAAGCUCAGAAGGCACAGGUACGAUCACGGUUGGUUUUCUCUACAAUUAACCAUUUAACAUCAAACCACUCUGAAUGACUUUAUUAUAUACGGUGAAAGAUUCGUCAGCCUCUUCUUUGUGCUGCUGAUAAUGGUUUGCCCAACAAUUGCCAAAUCAAACCCUUCCAGAAACAGGGAUGCCCCUCUUUCGUGCUAAAAGGAGAAAAUAAUGGUGUUGUCUAUAUUUGGCUCUGUGGAGGCUGGCGAGUAAGUGGGGCUCAGUUUGUGGUUGGGAGACAUCACUGUGGAGAAGAUGAAUGAUGUCUUUCUAUGUUGGUUUUGGGUAGUAAUCAAUAGGCUGCCUGUAAAUGAUCUUUGAGAAAUAGCCAUGGCUGUCAUUUUUCCAAAACGGAAUCUUUUCCGUUCUGGGUUGGAAUAUUUCUGUCUAUAUACCUACAGACUGAGUGGCAUUGUAGAGAAUCUACAGACAUUCAGGAGCUCUUGGAAUCUCCCCAACGUUUGCCUAGUCUUGUUAUACAUGUUAUUUUUAACAACUGAUAGCUCACUUUUUUCUCAUGUGCCUGGAAACUGUAAGGGCACUGUGGAAGAUGUGUUACCCUAACUCAGCAUUAGCACCAGCCUUCACCACACAACCAUUCUGUGGCUUUGUAGCUCAAACCUACAAACUUGGAAACACCAUGUGCCAGUUUCAGUCCAGUUUCGUGCUUUGAGCUACAGACGAGCUUUGUUUUCACCUCACUGUGUCCAGGAAGACCAAAGCAUCUGUCUUGUGUGUGUAUGUAUUCAGUACAGGAACUGUGUAAUGCUGUGCUGUUCUGUAAUUAGUGCCAGCAUGCUGUGCAGUGAGUGUAAUAUUGCUGUGUCAUAAACCAGAGUCAGCAGAUUUUAGGUGAAUAUCCUGGAAAAAAGUGUUUUCCUUUCUUUUUUUAAAUAAAAAAGGUUGAUGUGCA